AAAAGACAGACACCACCACAUACAUCCCGCGCGAUGCUCACACGCCGCCUCGCCGGGCCCUCGCGCGCCCUCCUGUUGCGGAGUUUGGCCACCGCGGCCGCCGCAGAGGCGCCGCCACCACCCUCAGCACACUCCGCCGCCGUCCCCGGACACCAGCCUCUCCCUCCCGACACCUUGGCAGGCAAGAUGUCGGCCCUCCUCGCCGAGGCUCAAGGACGGGGCGCAAACCGUGCGCGCAACAAGUUGUACGAAGCAUUCACUUCACUGUCGCCUGUGGAGCGCGCCUCACUCUCGCCCGAGAGCAUGCACUCGAUUCUGCGCGCAAUCGUCCCCCGCCACGACGCCGGCUGGAGGGCGGUUCAGCGCGCCCCGCCGCGAAAGCGCAAGGCGAUGAACGACCAGCUCGCCGACACCUGGGGACGCAAGUUGCGGUCUGUUAUCUCUGAGAUGGUCGAACGCGACAUCGACACGCGUGCCGACUGGCAGUUUGUCCUCCAGUGUCUUUUGAAGGUCGGCGCCGUCGGCGCCGUCGAGAGCGUGUGGCAGGUGUUGCCCCCCAGGUUGCGGAAGGACCGCGAGUUUGCCGAGCUUCGCCUCGGCACAGUAUCGCGGUGGGCGAGGAAUGCGCGAGCUGCAUUCGUCGCGCCGCAGCAGGUGGAAUUGGACGCGGCGUACCGUUCGUUCUGGGACGCCUUCGCAGUCUUCGGAGAUGCGAAGGUGAAGACUGUUCCAAUCACACAUCGCAUCCUCUGUGUUGCAAGUGCUGAUCUUGCUGCGCUUAUGCAGCUCAUCGAGGCGCGGGGGACAGACAGCGCGCGCAUCACGGAGGCGAUGGAGGCGCUCCAUCGUAUCUUCCGCGCGGUGCUGGAGCGAGCAUAUGGCUUCGACAUCAACGCCAUCCCCCUCUCAGCGGACCAGCUGGCCGAGCGCCGCAGCGAGUUCCGCCCCAUGCCACCUGCCGUUCUGAAUGCCGUCCUGGAUUACCUCCGCUUGUCCGGCAUGAACGCAUACCAACUCUUCGCGGCGUUUGACGUGCUCACUUCCGCAUCACGACCACCACGCGAGCGCGCCUUCGAAGAAGAAGACGAGGAUGAUGUGCCUACCCUCGAGUCGGAAACGGCCAAGGCCGAGAGCGACCCAGACCGGACGAACUGGUGGGGGCGGAAAGUGAACCGGGCAACGUACUUUGAAGCGGCGCACCCACCUCCCGCUGGAUCCACAUCGGCAUCUGAACACCUUGCAACCGAGCCUGAAACGGUUUCUUCACCGCGCGACUACCAAACGGUCCGGAAUGUGUCCGACUACCUCCGGCAGCCCGUGUGGCCGCGGGACGUUGUCGCCAACGCGGCGACGGUCGCCGAGAGCAAAUGUUACGACGCGGACACGGUGCUGCUCCUUCUCAAGGCCGCGCGGGCGGAGGGUGAGAGAGGUCUCCUCCAGCGCAUUCUGGAAGUGUGCGUGGUCGACGCCUUCACAGCCGACUCUGUCUGGCUGUCCGCGUACCUCGCCGCGCCACCGGCCGAGCGCACCGCCCUCCCGCGCCCUGUGAGGAUAUCGCCUGAGUGGUUCGCGACCACGCUGGCCGAGUACACGACAGCGUACGACCGGUAUGCGCCGCGCACAGUCCCCCUCCUCGAACGGGUGAUCGCAUGGACAACGCAGAAGAUCGACGUCAUUGCAUCCGCUGAGACACCGCACUGCGAGCACAAGGUGGUCAACGAGCGCGUCAUGCUCGCCCCACUGGAUAUGUCGCCCAGAGAGCUGCGGUUCCAGCGUAACAGCCGUAAAUUCAUUGCGCCAGACUACCUCGCAGGGCUGUAUCGCGACCUGGACGAGUUCGCCAACUACCUCCCGCGCGCGCAGUUCCAGACUGAGCGGCGCAAGGGCUGGAAGGCGUCGGCGAAAGAGCGCAGAGGAGGGGCCUCGCAUCGGUUGGAGCAUCGGUCGGAGGAAAGUCUCGACCAAGUGGACUAGAGGGCUGGAGCUAGACGCAUUGCAUUUUGUACUACUAUGCACGGAUACAUCGCAA